AUGAAUGAAACUUUACAAACUGAAGAAGAAUUUUAUCUUUGUUCUUUUAGUCGUAAACAAGAUAUUGAUGAAAUUGAUAAUUUAGAUUAUCCAAUAUUGCAAACUAUUGUAAUGAAUACCAAUAUAUAUGCUGCUGUUCAUAAUGCAAAACAUGAUACAAAUCAAGCAGAUGAAGGUCAAAAUUGGACUAAUUUAACUCUUAAUGAAUUUAAAAUCUGGUUAGCAUUUGUAAUAUAUAUGGAAGUAUUUAAAUUUCUAGCAAUUACUGAUUAUUGGAAAAAAGAUAAACCACUUGCAUCACACAUUAAAAAUAUAUUAAAACAACUUUAUUUGUCUGCAUCAAACCUGUCAUUAGACGAAAUGAAUGCAAGAUUUUCCGGACGCAGUGCACAUAUGUUUCGCAUAAAAAAUAAACCUACACCUGAAGGAUAUAAGAUAUUAUCUUUAUGUGAUUCAGGUUAUACUUAUACUUUUAUGUUCUUGUCUCGAAUUAUGCCAUCUAGUAUAGAAUUAAUUCCAAAUCUUAACAAAACUGGUUCUGAAGUAUAUCAUUUAGUUAAACAAUUACCACAAGGAUAUGCUUUUAAUAUUUAUAUGGACAACUUUUUUUCAAGUAUAAAUUUAUAUCAAUUUCUUCGUGAAAAAGGAUUUGGAGCUUGUGGAACUAUAAGAACAAAUACUACAAGGUUUCCUUGGGAUUACUUAAUAGGAGUAGUAGUCGAUGAUGUAUUAAGCUUUUUAUGGAUUGACAACAGUCCUGUUACGAUGCUUACAAUCAUAUACAAAAUUGAUGGACAAGAUAGUAAAAUUAAAAAAAAUCGUAGAAAGCUACAUGAAACCAGUACAAACUAUAAAAAUAUUAGAUCAGUAUUUGGUGAUGAAGUUCGAAAAGUUAUACCUAUUCUAGUUGCAAUUGAUGAUUAUAAUUACUAUAUGGGUGGAGUUGAUAUUGCAGACCAAUUAAGAAGUUAUUAUUCAACUCAAUUGACCGUUUUUAGAGUAUGGGUACCUUUAUUCUUCUGGUUACUAGACACUGCUAUUAUAAAUUCAUAUUUAAUUUGUAAAAAAUUAAAUAUAGCAGAAGAACAUAAAGCAUUUAGACUUGCAUUAAUACGAGAUUUAAUUAAAAAUUUUUUAAACCCUCUAAAAAGAACAACCCAAAGUGGAGACAACAAUGUACAAAUAAUUGAAAAAGAUAACACCAAUGUCAACAAAAAGUUUCGUGUUUCUGCAAACUUUGAAUUGCCACUAUGUAGAUUAGUUGGUAAUAGUCAUUAUCCUGAAUACAGAGAAAGUGAUAGAGGUGCAUGUUUGUGA